AUAUCCUUUUUAUUCUAUGACUUGGCUGGUUUAUUAUCAGUCUUACAAUCACGGCAGCGGUUUAUUAGAUUUCCGUCGCUUUACAAGAGUUUCAGGGUGAUUUUCAGACGCUUCAUACGUACUGUAAUGGAAGUAUUCAGCUUUCCAACUUCUUCCCUAUUUAAAUGAAGAAGCCAUUCUGUUUUCUCACAGUAUUUUGCAGUCCUGUUUAUUUUCUUUGCAGAGAAGAAAUGGGGGAGAUCAAAAUGGAGGGGCAGAUUAAAACUGUGGUUGUUCUUGUGCAAGAGAAUCGAUCGUUCGACCACAUGUUCGGAUGGAUGAAGCGGCUUAAUCCACAAAUUGAUGGCGUAACAGGGCAAGAAUGGAAUCCUCUGUCCAUUGCAGACCCCGAUUUCGCCAGAAUUUUUUUCGAUGACAAGUCGGAAUAUGUGGAUCCAGAUCCUGGCCAUUCUUACAAAGCCACUAAAGAACAGGUCUUUGGAAAUUCCACAGACACGUCGGCGGAUCCUCCUCCUAUGAACGGAUUCGCUCAGCAGGCCGAAACCGUUGAGAAGGGCAUGUCAGAGACUGUGAUGAAUGGCUUCAAACCAGAAGCUGUUCCAGUCUACACUACCUUGGUUAAAGAAUUUGCAGUCUUUGACAGAUGGUUUUCGUCCGUACCAGCCUCAACGCAGCCGAACAGACUCUUUGUUCACUCUGCAACUUCUCACGGUGCAACCAGCAACGACGCCAUUAAGCUCAUCGAAGGAUAUCCGCAAAAGACGAUCUUUGAAUCUGUUUACGAAUCUGGCCUCGACUUCGGUAUUUAUUACCAGUAUCCCCCAUCUACUCUGUUCUACAGAAAUCUCAGAAAGCUCAAGUACAUAACAAAGUUUCACCAGUUCGAUCUCUCCUUCAAAUCUCAUGCGAAGCAGGGGAAAUUGCCUAACUAUGUCGUCAUUGAGCAGCGAUAUUUUGAUCUGAAGAUACUUCCAGCGAAUGAUGAUCAUCCUUCGCACGAUGUUGCCGAAGGCCAGAAAUUUGUGAAAGAGGUUUACGAGACGCUGAGAUCGAGUCCACAAUGGAACGAAAUGGUGUUCAUUGUUACUUACGAUGAGCACGGGGGUUUCUUUGAUCAUGUUCCCACGCCUGUCAGAAAUGUGCCGUCUCCUGACGGAAUUGUAGGCCCCAAACCCUAUUACUUCAAGUUCGACAGAUUAGGUGUUCGUGUGCCUACAAUAGUCAUUUCUCCCUGGAUCAAUCCAGGAACCGUGGUGCAUAAACCUAGCGGGCCAUAUCCUUCCUCCGAAUUCGAGCACUCAUCGAUUCCUGCAACAGUGAAGAAAAUUUUCAAUCUGAAAGCAGAUUUCUUGACAAAGAGAGAUGCUUGGGCGGGAACAUUCGAAGGCAUAUUAAAAUUGCGGGAGAGUCCAAGAACAGAUUGCCCGGUUACGCUGCCAGAACCGUCAAAGCUAAGACCAGGAGAAGCAAAAGAGGAGGCGCGUUUAAACGAGUUUCAGAGUGAGUUGGUUCAGCUGGCAGCUCAAUUGAAUGGAGAUCACGCUCUAGAUAGCUACCCGGAUGAGCUCCCAAACAAGAUGUGCGUAAGAGAAGCUCAACAAUACGUUGAGCGCUCUGUAAAUCGAUUCUUUCAGGCUUGCGAAAAGGCAAGGAUGGACGGUGAAGAUGAAUCGUAUAUUGUGAAGCUUCCAUGUGAGACGACAGGUGACGAAGGGGGCUCGUCAAAGGCUUCCGGAAUCCGGCAGGCUUUAAGAAAUAUGAUAUCCUGCCUUGCCUGUGGCACUAAAAAUUAGUAAGAGAUUAUACCUUUAUCUAUAUUUUUCUCACAGCAAACUCCACGAAUUCAAAUUAAAUUUAAGCCUAAAUAAAUGGGGGCUCCCUGUAGCUGCCUCGCAAUCGUCCAAUUCAAAUUGUUGUACUGUAACUAGCAGUUGAACCUUCAUGAAAGGAAAAAGAGAAGUUAGUGUAUGUAAUUUGAUUUUAGUUGUUGUUUGUAAAGUCUUUUGUGUAU